AUGUCAGAUCUAUUCAAAGAACUCACGGCACCAAAUGGCCUCAAAUACAUCCAGCCUCUUGGCCUGUUUAUCAACAAUGAGUUUGUCAAGUCUUCCAACAACGAAACGCUCGACGUGUUUAAUCCAGCCGACGAGUCAAUAAUUGCCUCUGUUUAUACUGCUUCUGAGGAUGACGUUGAUCAUGCAGUACGGGCUGCGCGAAGAGCAUUUAAAGAUCCCAGCUGGAGCGAGCUUUCACCAACCAAACGGGGCAAUUUAAUGCUUAAACUAAGCCAGCUAAUUGAACAAAACCUGGAAACCCUUGCCACCAUCGAAACAUGGAAUAAUGGAAAGCCGUAUAGCGUUUCUGUUGGCGAAGACGUCCCGGCCACUGCAGCAGUGAUCAAAUAUUACGCUGGAUAUGCAGAUAAAAUUAAUGGAUCUGUCCUGGGAACUGGUCCCGCAAAAUUUGCAUACACGAUCCGAGAGCCAAUUGGCGUCUGUGGGCAAAUCAUUCCGUGGAACUAUCCUCUCCAGAUGGCUGGAUGGAAGCUAGGCCCGGCUCUAGCUUGCGGAAAUACCGUGAUCUUGAAGGCGGCCGAACAAACUCCGCUGUCUAUCCUGUAUUUCGCAAGUCUUGUGAAAGAGGCUGGGUUUCCGCCAGGCGUGAUUAACAUUAUCAACGGGCAUGGCAGAGUCGCUGGCGCGGCUCUCGCUAAGCAUAUGGGCGUUGAUAAGAUUGCAUUUACAGGAAGUACCGCUACAGGCAAAGAGAUUAUGAAAUAUGCGAGCCUCAAUAUGAAAAACAUAACCCUAGAGACUGGCGGUAAAAGCCCAUUGCUGGUCUUCAAUGACGCAGACCUGGACCAAGUUGUCAAGUGGGCCCAUGGUGGUGUUAUGUGGAAUAACGGUCAGAUUUGUACAGCGACCUCCCGAAUUCUUGUUCAAGAAGGGAUAUAUAAUGAGUUUCUUGCGGCAUUCAAAGCACGAGUAGAGUCAAUGCAGGUGGGAGAUCCAUUUGCCGAAGGGACUUUCCAGGGGCCUCAAGUAUCAAAGGCACAGUACGACCGCAUAUUAUCAUACAUCGAAAUCGGUACAAACGAAGGGGCCAGCGUAAUAACUGGGGGGAAUGCAGUAAAGACUGUUGGCGACGGCAAAGGCUUCUUUAUCGCCCCGACGGUUUUUACAGGCGUAACAUCUACAAUGAGAAUAUACCGCGAAGAAAUUUUCGGUCCUGUUGCAGUUGUCGUCAAGUUUAGAACUGAGGACGAGGCCUUGGAGAUGGCCAACGAUACGGAAUAUGGGCUUGGAGCUGCUAUUUUCACUGAAAAUCUGACGCGGGCUCACCGAGUUGCCAGGAGGCUUGAAGCAGGUAUGGUUUGGAUCAACUCCAGUCAAGAUUGUGACGAUCAAGUCCCUUUUGGAGGAGUGAAGCAAAGCGGAAUUGGAUCUGAGUUGGGCGAGUCUGGAUUGGCACCUUACUCUAUCAUAAAGGCCGUUCAUCUGAAUAUGUCGAAUCGCUUAUAA